CGCGUCCUUCUCUCUUAUAUCUCACUUUCCUUUCUCUCUGCUCCAAAAUUCUUCAUCAAUGGCGAUUUCACUCCAAACCUUCUUCCAAGAACGAAAAAUCCCUUUUCUCUUCACUCUCUCAGUUCUCAUCAUUUGCUUUCUCAUCCUCUUCUUCACCGAUUCCUUUUCCCUCAACCCUCUUGUUCGUACUUACUCCUUUCUUCGAUCCCCUUCUCUAACCCCCUCUUCUUCUUCUUCUUCUUCUUCUUCUGGGGUUGAUCUGAACCCAUCUUCUUCAGAUUCUCUUCUUCCUCACGAUCUUGAUUUCUCUUCUUCUUUAACGGUGAAUCUAACCUGGAAGCUCUGUGAUGGGUCUGUAGCCGUCGAUUUCAUUCCCUGUUUGGAUAACUUCAAGGCGAUCAAGGCUUUGCAAUCGAGGAAACACAUGGAACAUCGUGAACGUCAUUGCCCUAAUCCCAGUCCGCGCUGUUUGAUCCCUCUUCCCAUUGGUUAUAAGGUCCCCGUUCCCUGGCCCAAGAGUAGGGACAUGAUUUGGUAUGAUAAUGUUCCUCAUCCCAAGCUUGUUGAAUACAAGAAAGAUCAACAUUGGGUGGUUAAGUUGGGAGAGUAUCUAAACUUUCCUGGAGGUGGUACACAGUUCAAGGAUGGAGUUGAUCAUUACAUUUACUUCAUUCAGAAGAGUUUACCGGAUAUCAAAUGGGGGGAAAACAUCAGAGUUAUUCUAGAUGUUGGCUGUGGUGUUGCUAGCUUUGGUGGCUACUUACUGCAGAAGAAUGUUCUUGCUAUGUCAUUUGCCCCUAAGGAUGAACAUGAAGCACAGAUACAAUUUGCUUUAGAACGGGGAAUUCCCGCUACUCUCUCGGUCAUUGGAACUCAGAGGCUGACAUUUCCGGAUAACGCAUAUGAUUUGAUACAUUGUGCUCGUUGCAGGGUCCAUUGGGAUGCAGACGGUGGAAAACCAUUAUUGGAGCUCAACAGGAUUCUCAGGCCUGGUGGAUAUUUCAUAUGGUCAGCUACACCAGUUUAUCGUGACGAUGAAAGAGACAAGAAUGUUUGGAAUGCGAUGGUGUUGCUAACGAAGUCAAUGUGCUGGAAGGUUGUGAAAAAGACUUCUGAUUCAUCUGGGGUUGGUCUUGUAAUAUAUCAAAAGCCCAUCUCGACAUCUUGCUAUGAGGAACGUAGCGAAAAUAACCCUCCUAUAUGUGAUGAAAAGAACAAGAGAAAUAACUCUUGGUAUGUUCCCCUGACUAGAUGUAUUUCCCAGCUUCCAGUUGAUAGCGAAGGCCACUAUUAUAAUUGGCCUUCGCCAUGGCCGCAGAGACUAACUAGCCAACCUCCUAGCUUGUCGGUUGAACCAGGUGCCGAGGAGAAAUUCUUUGAGGAUACCAAACGUUGGUCUACUGUUGUGUCAGAUGUAUAUCGCGAUAACAUUGGAGUAAACUGGUCGACCGUCCGAAAUGUGCUGGAUAUGAAUGCUGGCUAUGGAGGGUUUGCAGCUGCAUUGAUUGAUUUACCACUUUGGGUUAUGAAUGUUGUCCCCAUAGACGUACCAGAUACUUUGUCCGUCAUCUACGAUAGAGGAUUGAUCGGUCUCUACCAUGAUUGGUGCGAGUCCUUCAACACCUACCCUCGAACCUACGAUCUGCUACAUUCUAGCUUUCUCUUCACAUCUCUUAAGAAAAGAUGCGAUGUCAUAGCUACGGUUGUGGAGAUGGACAGAAUAUUGCGGCCAGGCGGAUAUGUUGUGAUUCAGGACAACAUGGAGGCAAUAAAAGUGCUUGGUCCUAUCUUUCACUCACUUCACUGGUCAGUUUCUGUUUAUCAAGAUCAGUUUCUUGUUGGAAAAAAGGGAUUUUGGCGGCCAUAGGCUUCCUCAUACAAAGUGAAAAACAGAGUUUGACAAAUUUUAAUUCUUUCCUUAGUUCUUUUUUUUACUACGUUUCAAUUGUGAAAGAAAAUACAUCAUGAGAGAUAUUAUACAACCUGCAGUGAUUAUAUUUGAGGUCAAUUUCUUGGUGUAUGUAAUGACGCCUCGAUAUUAUUUUUGUAGUUUCUUUGAACAGAUGCUUUAAUAAUUUUAGAAAAUUCUUCCUGAUGUGAUUCUUGUGCCUGAA